ACAAGCUCCACGUCCCUAACAUCACAACAGCAAUCCAACUUGACCAUCUCUGCGAUUGUCUACUGAAAUUGCAAAGACCUGAAGGUGUGAUCACUGAAACCAUGCUGAAGUUAGUGCUUGUGCUUGGAUGCCUCCUGAGCCUCACUCUGGCUCAACCUAGAGACAUGGCUCGCAAACGUGUUGCCCGCUCAAGUUCUGAGUCUGACUCAGCAUCAGGCUCCGACGAGCGAACUACUAGUACUAGUACUAGUUCUGUUUCACAACUGCUUGAGCUGCUGAAACUCUUACUUUCUACCACAACAACUACAACUGCAGCCACUACUACUACUACUACAACUAAAGCUCCUGCCACCACUGCUGCUGCAACUACCAAGUAGAAUCUGAAACUGAAGCAGAGAUCAACAUGAGCGAUGUGCAUGUUUGAGAUCUGUGCUGUUUUUGUUUGUCUCAACCACACUCAACAUUUCAGUUCAAGUAAAUGUGGAUCAAAAUCAGCAGUUUCCCUUGUGAUAUCUGCUUAAUAAACUUCACAAUUUGAAAAA